AUUCCAGUUUGUCCCCAAGGAGGGGCUGGAAGGAAAUGAAUUUUGAAGCAGCACCUUUCAGCACCUUGCCGUACUACCCUGAUCCCUGCAUCCCGCGGUUUGUAGAAUCCCCGAGCCCCUUCUCCUGGAAGGAGAGUUACUACCGAUCAGCCAUGUCCCAAAGCUCUCAGCCCAGGGAAUUCCUCAGCCCAGAGGUAAUCCAGCACAUCUGGGACUUCCUGGAACAGCCAAUAUGCUCGGUUCAGCCAAUUGAUUUAAACUUCAUUGACGGCCCAUCUGAAGAUGGCUCCACAAACAAAAUUGAGAUCAGCAUGGAUUGUGUCCGGGUGCAGGACACCGAGUUGAAUGACCCCAUGUGGCCCUUUGGAAAGGUGUUCUGUUUCGCCUGGCUCGGUGGCGCUUCGGGAGCAGCUGCCUUUGUUCUGCCGUGCAUCCCGCUCGCCCGGCGGAUCCUCGCGGGGCUCGGGGUGCCGCCAGCCCAGCGCUGA